CCCGGGGACUUUGCGAACGGUGGCGUGCUCGGCGUGCCCAACGGCAGCGCCAUGCCGGCGGGAGAGGGCAGGAACCGCAAGCUGACUUCCGAGAUUGCGAAUGGCCGUUUGGCAAUGAUGGCAAUCAUCGGGAUGUUCUUCCAAGACGGCCUCACUGGCUCCGCGUGGGGCGACUGGGCUCUGUACACUGACUCCCCGCUGCGCGCGUUCGAGAACGAGACGGGCGUGCAGGACCCGAUGGGUUUCUGGGACCCAGCUGGCUUCACCUUCGACGGGAGCGUGGAGAAUUUCGCGCGCCGCCGGCAGACGGAGCUCAAGCACGGUCGCGUGUCCAUGUUGGCCACCAUGGGCUACAUCACCCCCGAGGUCAGCGGGAAGUUCCCUGGCUAUUUGUCUCCGUCGUCGGAGCUGAAGUUCGCGGACAUCCCGAACGGCCUGGGCGCCAUCUCCAAGGUGCCCGCGGCGGGCUGGGCGCAGAUCGUUGCCUACGCCGCGUUCUGCGAGCUGUCCCAGAACCAGUCCGCGGGCACGCCGGCGGCGAAGGGCGACUUCGGCUGGAAGGUGCUCACCGCCAGCGACCCGACGGAGAGGCAGAAGAAGCUGGCUGCUGAGAUAGCGAACGGUCGCCUUGCUAUGGUGGCAAUCAUCGGGAUGUUCUUCCAGGACGGGCUGACGGGCUCCGCGUGGGGCGACUGGGCUCUGUACACCGACUCCCCGCUGCGAGCGUUCGAGAGCGAGUUGGGUGCUAUGGCGCCGUUUGGUUUCUGGGAUCCCGCUGGCAUGUGCGCAGACGGUGAUGUGGAGUCCUUCAAGCGAAGGCGUGCCACCGAGCUGAAGCACGGGCGAUUGGCAAUGUUCGCGUGCUUGGGCUAUAUCGUGCCGGAGUUUUACAAGUGGCCCGGAUAUUGCUCCGAGAGCAAGGGCUUGCUCUUUCAGGACAUCCCCAACGGCCUUGCGGCGGUGUCCAAGGUGCCGGGCGCGGGAUGGGUGCAGGUAUUUCUGUUCUGUGGCACCGUCGAGAAGGCCGUCCUCGUGCACGACCCUACGCGUGCACCCGGGGACUUUGCGAACGGUGGCGUGCUCGGCGUGCCCAACGGCAGCGCCAUGCCGGCGGGAGAGGGCAGGAACCGCAAGCUGACUUCCGAGAUUGCGAAUGGCCGUUUGGCAAUGAUGGCAAUCAUCGGGAUGUUCUUCCAAGACGGCCUCACUGGCUCCGCGUGGGGCGACUGGGCUCUGUACACUGACUCCCCGCUGCGCGCGUUCGAGAACGAGACGGGCGUGCAGGACCCGAUGGGUUUCUGGGACCCAGCUGGCUUCACCUUCGACGGGAGCGUGGAGAAUUUCGCGCGCCGCCGGCAGACGGAGCUCAAGCACGGUCGCGUGUCCAUGUUGGCCACCAUGGGCUACAUCACCCCCGAGGUCAGCGGGAAGUUCCCUGGCUAUUUGUCUCCGUCGUCGGAGCUGAAGUUCGCGGACAUCCCGAACGGCCUGGGCGCCAUCUCCAAGGUGCCCGCGGCGGGCUGGGCGCAGAUCGUUGCCUACGCCGCGUUCUGCGAGCUGUCCCAGAACCAGUCCGCGGGCACGCCGGCGGCGAAGGGCGACUUCGGCUGGAAGGUGCUCACCGCCAGCGACCCGACGGAGAGGCAGAAGAAGCUGGCUGCUGAGAUAGCGAACGGUCGCCUUGCUAUGAUGGCAAUCAUCGGGAUGUUCUUCCAGGACGGGCUGACGGGCUCCGCGUGGGGCGACUGGGCUCUGUACACCGACUCCCCGUUGCGAGCGUUCGAGAGCGAGUUGGGUGCUAUGGCGCCGUUUGGUUUCUGGGAUCCCGCUGGCAUGUGCGCAGACGGUGAUGUGGAGUCCUUCAAGCGAAGGCGUGCCACCGAGCUGAAGCACGGGCGAUUGGCAAUGUUCGCGUGCUUGGGCUAUAUCGUGCCGGAGUUUUACAAGUGGCCUGGAUAUUGCUCCGAGAGCAAGGGCUUGCUCUUUCAGGACAUCCCCAACGGCCUUGCGGCGGUGUCCAAGGUGCCGGGCGCGGGAUGGGUGCAGGUAUUUCUGUUCUGUGGCACCGUCGAGAAGGCCGUCCUCGUGCACGACCCUACGCGUGCUCCCGGGGACUUUGCGAACGGUGGCGUGCUCGGCGUGCCCAACGGCAGCGCCAUGCCGGCGGGAGAGGGCAGGAACCGCAAGCUGACUUCCGAGAUUGCGAAUGGCCGUUUGGCAAUGAUGGCAAUCAUCGGGAUGUUCUUCCAAGACGGCCUCACUGGCUCCGCGUGGGGCGACUGGGCCUCUUACACCGACUCGCCAUUGCGGUGAGCGGCAGCUUUUCAAAAUUGUUGGGCGUGUGGCCCCCAUGAGUGCUGCUGGAGCGCAUGCUGGUCUUCACAAAAGGGGCAGCCUCUCUCUCUCUCUUUGUCCUUGUCUCUGUCCUCCUC